AUGACUCAGUUCAGACAUGCCUUCUCAUUGGACAAGCAGGAGCUCAACGAGAUGGCGCCUCCUGGCACUGUCACGUUGAUGGAACUUGUCAGAACAAACACUGGCCAUCACGAAGUCGAAGAAAAUCAUAUCCACCUGAACCCAGANGCCAUCUACACCAUCUUCCUCGCUUCUGGCUCCUUGAUCGGUGGCCUUAUCGGUGGCUACAUCACCGCCUCGAUGGGCUGGAGAUGGACCAUGUACAUCUCAGCCAUUCUGUCGGGCGCUGUCCUGCUCUUGAGCUUUUUCUUUGUCCCCGAAACCCUCUUUGACCGUGAGGCAGCCAUGGCCAUCGUCCGUCCCGAAGGUUACGACAAUGAUUCGCCUAUUGGCGAGAAGGCAGAGAUGGCCAGAGUCGAGACCGUCACCUCUACUGUCUUCCCUGAGUACACCUUUGCCAGAAGCCUCAAGAUUGGCAUGUACCGACCUGGCUUCUUCAAACGUUGCAUCACCCCAUACACCACGCUCCUCUUCCCUGGUACAUGGAUGGUCAUGUUGCAUUACGCCGGUCUCGUCGGCUUGAUCGUUACCAUCUCGACUGUUGCACCACAAAUCCUUGCUCAACCACCCUACCUUUGGGGCGGCUCGGUCGGCUUGAUCAACGUCGGUGGUUUGGUCGGCACUGUUCUUGGUGCCAUCUACACGUACUUCACUGCAGACUUCAUUGUCAAACGUCAGGCCAGGCGGGAACGACACGGUUUUAGUGAACCUGAAGCACGUCUUCCUCUCAUGUUCCCCGCCCUCCUCAUUGCCACCGCCGGUGCCAUCUGCUUCGGUUUCUCGGCCAAGGCCGCAACACCAAAGGCUUGGAUUGGUCUCGAGUUCGGCAAUGGCAUGGUCGCCUUUGGUCUGAUGCAAGUGCCCUCAAUCGGCUUCAACUAUCUUAUCGAAAGUUAUGGUGCUUGGAGUGCUGAUUGCUUCCUCAUGGUUGUCACUUUCCGUGCCGUCAUCAGUUUCGCUUGGACUUUCUUCGUCGGCACUUGGGUCGAGACUGCAGGACCUGCGCUUCCCUUCGGUAUCUUUGCUCUGUUGAUGGGAGUGUUCAGUCUGACAACCGUGCCCGUUUGGUUGUUCGGCAAGAGAAUGAGAAUCGCGACCAGCAAUCUCGUGAUGAAGGGAUAUGCCAGAGGUGAAUGA